AUGUCACAAUCAGCUGGAUACACUCAACCCGGCCCCGCGGGCUUUCCUGUCCAAGCACCGUACUACACACAACACCCGCAAUCCCAACCUUCGUUCGGCUACAACGGAGCUCCUCCUUCACAAUAUUCUCCGUUUGCGACCCAGUCGCACGGCUAUCCGCCCCAGUACACGCACCACCAGCAAGCACCGCAGCAAGUACAGAGCCCAUCAGACCAGCAGCUGUAUCAGUCGCAGCCGCAGCCGCAGCAGCAGCAGCAAUACGCACAAACACCACAAGAUCCAGCUCAGAGUGGGCAGCAAGACGCACCACGUACACAGGUUGACAAGGCCACCGAUCCUCUCGGAUGGGCGCUGGCUCACUAUGGCAGCCCAUUCGCCUACUCGAAGGACUGGCGUGCAACUCCAUCCGACGUUGAGCUCACCGGUCUACCACAGCAAAAGCUGGCGUUGCGCAUCAAGCAGCGCUUUGCGCGUUCGCCAGGCGAUGUCUGGAGCGAGCUGCCACCCAGCUUUGGCCGUCCUCCACAGCAGGGCUGGAGCUAUGCUGCUUUUCAGCCUUUUUCGCUUCCUGUUGCUGGCGAGCAGCUUGCCGAUGGCUUCAAACCCAUCUACAUUGGCCGCGUACUCGCCGAUCACGACGUCUCAGCUGCCGACUGGGCGCGCUUUUUGGAAGAUAUCUCAGUAGCUGGUAGGAUGACUGGCGGUCAGCAGAUCAUUUCCCAGGUGGCACCCAUCACUAUGCAUCUUGGGGCCACAGGCUACUUUGUCACCAAGGCGAUUGAAAAACGUAUGAAGAACAAGAAAGCGCCCGUAAUUGCUGAGACCAUCGAGAUGUGGCAACAAAACUUUUUCCUUCGUCGCGGUCUGGACGUCUAUGUUCAAGAUACCACGGGCAGGAUCACUGGCUAUGCUCCCGGACAGCCUCUGCCUGGCUCCAACUCCGCCAAGCCUGUCGAGCUCGAAGCCCAAAGUGGCGACGAUUCCGACGAUGACAGCAGUGACUCGGACGCUCAACACGCAGAAAAAACUCGCAAGGAGAAGAAGCAGGAGCGCAGAGAACGCAAAAAGAAGCGCAGGGAGGAGAAGAAGCAGAAAAGGAAGGAUAAGAAGAAGCCACAGUUCUACCUCAUCGUUGCACCCUACCAGCCCAUGUAA